UGCUCUACAAAGCCUCCUGUCACGCCAGGGGCCAGCUAGACAAGUUGGAGACUCCAUUUUUCCCCCCCGCCGCCGUGACAUGUGCUUUAGCUGCAGCGAAAAGGAAAUGUGUCAUCUGUGGUUUGGUUUGAACAGUGGAAAGCUAGCUGCAUAUGCCCUUUUUUACUGCAGAUUUACUUUAACGUUCGUAUUUCUCCAAGUCUGUUCUGCUUUAAAUUACUUGGAAGCUGUGCCUCAAGACAAGAAGUGGCUUAUUAAAAUAAGGUGAUAAGCAGAUUUUGACCAACCAUUUUGUAAGAUUACCCGUAUACUCACGGACAUGAAACACAUACGACAUUACCUGCACCUGGCCUUUCUGAUGACAACAGUUUUUUCUUUGUCUCCUGGAACAAAGGCAAACUAUACCCAUCUGUGGGCUAACAAUACUAUUGUCUGGGACCCAGAUAUUCAGAGUAAGACAGGCAGAAACCAAAAUCAAAGCAUUAACACAAACUCAACAACUCCUAAAGCAGAUAAGAAAAGUAAUUCUACAAACAUGCCUGAAAGAGCAACAUCAUCUCACAUCGCAACUUUAACUCCUGUAUCUGACCUGGACUUUCAUACACCUUCUGUUCCGAGGAACAGCUCUCCAACAUCACAGAACAUUGAAAACACAAGCAAAAGUCACAGUGAAAUUUUCAAAAAAGACGUCUGCGAGGAAAACAACAACAAAAUGGCUAUGUUAGUUUGCUUAAUUAUAAUUGCAGUGCUUUUUCUUAUCUGUACCCUUCUAUUUCUAUCAACGGUGGUUCUGGCAAAUAAAGUCUCAUCUCUCAGACGAUCAAAACAAGUAAGCAAACGUCAGCCUAGAAGCAAUGGCGAUUUUCUGGCAAGCAGUGGUCUAUGGCCUGCUGACUCAGACACUUGGAAAAGAGCAAAACAGCCCACAGGGCCCAACCUGAUGAUGCAAUCUACUGGAGCGCUCACAGCACCAAGGGAAAAAACACAGGAAGAAGGAACUGAAAAACUUACUAACAGGUGCUUCUGUGAAGAAAACGCAAAGUAACAAUGAGAAACUUUAUGGAGUAAAAGCAAAGUCGUUUUGCUAUUUAAUGCCAACACAUCGGUCUGAUGGUCUAAAAUUUGACAUCUCAGGCCUUGCAAUUUAGACUUAAGCAGGUGGAAAUGGGAGAGGUAUGCCUGCUUACUUCAUUAUUUAAGUUGUGCACUUCUGUUCUGACACUGAAUAUUUUAAAAAGCAAAUAAUAAAACAACCAAAAUUUA